AUGGUUGUUCUAGGUAGUGGGGAAGGGGAAGGGGACGAGGAAGGAGAGAAAAAAGAAGGCGAUGAAGGAGGAGGUCCUAAGAAAAAUACUAAUCAAUUUAACUUUUGUGAACGUUCUGCACUCACAUAUGAUAACCCUUCUAGAGAUGCGACAACACAAACGAUUCCUCCUCCUCGUAGUCGAUACUCCGCACUGGUAUCACCAUCUAUGAUCUUUGACAUAUAUCAAGAAGAUUAUGCUCUGCAGCAGCAAAGCAAGGAAAUUCCAGAGGAAAUAGUUUCUGUAAGUUUAUUCAAGAAACCUGAACCUAAGCAAAGUGAUAUCCGUGCGGCAAAACUCAUCAGUCGACAAACGAUAUGUGCUAAGAAGCUUGAAAGGCUGGUCAAUCAGAAUGAAAAUGAUGAAAUAGCUCAAGAUUUCAGGUAUUGGGAGGACCCAUCAGAUCAGUAUAAAGAAGUGGAAGGAAAUUUACUGCCACUGUGGAAAUUUGUUUAUGAAAAUACAAAGAAAAAUCAUGUAACGGGUGUCUGUUGGAACCCACAGUACUAUGAUUUCUUUGCGGUGUCCUUUGGUUAUUUUGACUCCACUAAACCACAGCCUGAGGGAGCUAUGUGUCUCUUCACACUGAAGAAUCAUUCCUAUCCUGAAUAUAUUUGCCUUACUGAUACUGGAGUGGUGUGUGUUGAUGUUCACCCAGACUAUCCUAGUAUGAUUGUAGUUGGACUAUAUGAUGGAAAUGUUGCUGUUUACAAUGCUAGUGUGUCAGACAAGGAACCAGCAAGGAAGAGUCACUUCAAAGACAAGCAUGGAGGUAUUGUAUGGCAGGUUCUGUGGGUCCCAGAUUUGCCAGAUGGAGAAAUGAGCUUCUUCUCAGUUUCUGAAGAUGGUACCGUACGAAAGUGGAUUAUUGGACUGGAAGGAUUGGCCAAGGCUAUUGUACUCACACUGACCCUCGCCAGAGAUCCAGUUCCAGGACCAUAUGGUACUACAGUCAGUUUAGUAGGAUCUGGCACUACAAUGGUUUUUCACCCAAAAGAAAAACAAGUAUUUUUAGUUGGAACUGAAGAAGGACAUAUAUACAAGUGCAGCACUAUGUAUACUGCUUCAUACUUGAUGACAUACGAUGCUCAUGACAUGGCAGUGUACAGAAUUCAUUACAACAAAUACAACUCUGACAUAUUUGUCUCUUGUAGUGCUGACUGGACAGUUAAGAUAUGGGAAGACAAAAGAAGUGACCCUCUGUAUAUAUUUGAUCUGGGAAAUCCUGUUCAAGAUGUGGAAUGGGCACCUUAUUCAAGUACAGUUUUUGCUGCUAUUACUGAUGGAAGAGUUCAUGUGUUUGACUUAAAUAUUGACAAAUAUAGGCCAAUAUGUGUCCAGUUUGUUGUCUCGGCAAGAAGGAAUAGACUUUCAAAAAUCACUUUCAAUUACAAAAUACCAGCAUUACUGGUUGGAGAUGAACGUGGCUGCGUUACUAGCCUAAAGAUUUCACCAAAUCUACGCAAGAGAAUGAAACCACCAAAGAAAGGACCACAGAUUGAGCCAAGAGAACUUGAAAUAAUGAAACUGGAUAAACUGCUGUCAUUUGUACGGGAGCCUGACAAAUUAGUGCCACCACCAGAUGUUCCAGAUAUAGACUAUUAA